AUGGCGACCAACCCGGCCAUGGCCCCUCCUCCUCCGACGACCAAGCCCGCGAAGACGACGAUGCGGCACGCCGGCGACUACAAGCGGCGGCUCCCGUUCUCUCGUCGCCUGCGGCACCACAUGCGGAACACCGCGAACCUGACCGGCGAGCUCGUCCCCUUCGUUAUGGAGAAAGCGUCCUUCUCCGCUUUGCCCAACGUUGGGCGCACAGGUUUGAUCGGGGUUCGGCGCACGCUCCCAUUCCAUGAGUUUAUUGACCGCAACUUUAGGGGCAUGAUGGAAGACGUGCACGGUGCGGGGGCGGCGGCGGAGCGCCGCGGCCUCGUCAUCCGCAUCGGCAAAACGCUCGACGCUAUCCCCCUCGACAGCUUGGCCGGCGAUACUCACACCGUCGAACAGGUCUGGAUGACUUUUAAGGACGUGGAUCAGGCGUGCUACAUCGUCUACUACGAACAGGGAGGAGGAGAUGGCUGGAAGAAAUUCUUCAAGAUCAUGCCAGACGAGGAUAUGACUGGAAUGGUUAACACGCCCCGUCAGGCUCGUCGCAUCGAGAGACAGGCGCGCAUUCAAGUUCAGGCCCGCGCCGCUCGGCGUCAGGCUCUUCAAGCUGAGCUCCAGGCCCGCGCUGUGCGCCGUCACGCUCGUCAGGUUGCGAUCCAGGGCGUCGCUCAGCGUCAGGCUCAAGUUCAGGCUCGUCAGCUUAAGACCCAGGCCCAGGUUAAAGUUCAACCCCUGGCCCAGGUUAAAGUUCAGACCCAGGUUCCAGUUCCAGUUCAGGCUCGGGUUCAUGUUCUGCUCCAAGCCCGCGCCGCUCGGCGUGAGGCUAAAGUUCAGGCCCGCGCCGCUCGGUGUCAGACCCGGCAGGACUUGAAGGCGUAUAUACUGCGUUAA